GGUCAAUCAAACUUGCGCGCAACAAUGGACAGCCCCAGGAUUUUCUUCGUUUUGUUGUUUGAUGGUUACUUUAAAGUUAAACGUAUCGUCUGGGGAGGAAAUCUCAUAUUUCCCAGUCGAUCAGUGGAUUCCCACAAACAAAAGAUACUCGACUUCUCUGUUGGUGCAAACAGUCUUGUGCAAAUAAAUAUUUCAGUUUUUGUGCUUUUCCAUGAGCUAUAUCCAUCUAAGGAAGCAUCAACUAUCCCAGUGGAUCGAGAUGGAAUAUUAUCAACACAGGUUAAUGUAAUUUCUUCUACUUACUUUAAGGAACAGGAUUUUAUUACAGCUCUGCAUAAAAUGGAUCUGGAACUUCCCAUCGAGGAAGCACAUUUCAUAUUUCAGACUAACCACCUUCCAUUGUCACUUUUCAGAUCCGUACACCCUGGAGUAUCUACAAAGUCGAACUCUUUAAUUCACUGUAAACCUGGAACCUCAUCAUCCGUCGAGACUUGUGAAGUGGAAGUUGUUGCGGACCCGGAUAUAUCGGCCAGUGUUCUCCCCAGCUCUUCACCAACGUUUGUUGCGGAAUUUCCGCCUAUUUCCCCGACGAACUCAUGGGUUGAACAAAACAAUCGAGAUUCAGUUGACGCCCAAUCUGUCUCCUUGCUGUCUCUCAAUCUAGAUUCGGAUGAGGAAAAAGUGACUUCCAAUGUACCGACGGCAUCCAGUCAUAAGGUUUCUUCAAUUGAAUCUGUUAACAGUGGAGAGGUUUCUGUACAAGAGACAAAAUUCAAUCGACUUUCUCAUCCUACUGAACGUUCGAGGGAUUGUUCAGGUUGUGAUGAAAAUACAAGUAUUUAUCAGAUCAUAGAAUCUACGGCAAAUACUUCUCAAAGAGAUUCUGCUGGAAAUGCUUUAAGUGUGCUGUUAUCAGACGGAUUUUCGAAAUCGUCGUCCAAUAUACAGAAAUCGGACGAUAAUUCAUGGACUUCAAAUGUCUCAACACAGUCAGUAAACUAUGCAUAUCAAAAAACUGAUCUUCAGAUAAGGUGUGAGAGUUCGAGCAGUUCAGAUAAUCUUCAUCGUCGUGGGUAUCUUGGUGAUAAUAAAGAGUCAAAUAAUAUGAUACAAUGUAGUUCAAGCUCUGAUUCUGAACUUGACUAUAAGUUUGAUCGUGAAUAUUCUAUUCGUUAUAAUAAUCUUCAAAAUUCAAGAAGUUUGAAACUAGUUGACACAAAUAGUGUUCUUCAUACGCCUGGUACUUGGUUAUUAGAUAAUAGUAAACUUUCGAAAAUAGAGCACAAAAGAAUCCGCUCAGAAUCCAUUGAUAAGCCUUCAGGUACAGAGUUACAAAUACUUGCACCAACUAUUUAUGAUCAACACUCAUUGAGCUUUUCUAAUCCUAAAGACAAUGUGUACGAAAAAAGUUCGUCUUCAACAUGUUCCAAUUCAGCAGCCAGCAAGCGAUCGGAUCGUUAUAUUCGUGAUAUCGAUAUACUUGAAGUUGCUGGAGUUCCAUUUUCAUAUGAAGAUGUUGUAUAUUCGACAAAUGAAGAGUUUCGCCAACUAAGAGCCACUCGUGGUCUAACAGAGGAACAGCUAACAGCUAUGUCGGAUGCUCGUAGACGAGCUACUAACCGUCAAGCGGCUGAACGUUGUCGUCGUUUUAAGGUUGCUGCUCGUGAUGAAUUAGCAGAACGUCUUGCUGAUCUUCGCUUAGAAAGGCAGACAUUGACUAAGCGUCUGGUUAAGGCUCGUCAGCGUAAACGUGAUGCAAGGGAUAAUCUUACGGAAGAACAAAACCGUCUGUUGCAUAUGCUGCAUGACUCAAAUGGUUGCACAUUAAAACCUUCCGAUUGGCGCAUUCAUCUAACUACGGAAGAUGAAAUUGUAGUUGUAUCAGUUGGACAUUAACUCAAUAAACAUUGCUUCUCAAUUCCGUAAAACGUCUUUCAUUUAACCCUUGCUGUUUGCAUACAAACUGUAAAUACAUUUUCCCUGAAUUACGCAUUUUCUUCAAAUCGCACUCAAAACCCUGCAAAUGGUCACAGGACUUUGUUUAUCUUAAGAUUUUUUCUUAAAUGUUUUUGACCCGCUAUGCGCAUACAUCACGUUUACCAAGCAUACAAUACAUCCAAAUAAUCGUAAACUUAAUUCUCAGCCUAACAUAUCGUAAUAUUGCUAAUGAUAUAUAUAUUAACUUGACUAACCUUGAUCAUUGGCAUCUCGAAAAUUUUGUACAAUGGUAAUGUUUACGUGUGAGUAAAAACUGUCUACUG